UUGAUUAUUUCCAUGGGACAGAUUCCCAGCGGGGGAACUGCUGGAUCAAGGCUAUUACCUUUCAAGGCUUUUGGACAUUCCUGCCAGGCCUCCCGGUGUCUCAUCUGAGGAUGGCGGAGCGGCAGGGCCGGGAGCCUGAGUGCCCUGUCUGCUGGAACCCCUUCAACAACACAUUUCACACUCCCAAAGUGCUGGACUGUUGUCACUCCUUCUGUGUGGAGUGCCUGGCCCACCUCAGCCUGGUAACUCCAGCCCGGCGCCAGUUGCUGUGCCCACUCUGUCGCCAGCCCACUGUGCUGGCCUCUGGGCAGCCGGUCACCGACUUGCCCACAGAUACCGCCGUGCUCACCCUGCUUCGCCUGGAGCCCCACCACGUCAUCCUGGAAGGCCACCAGCUCUAUCUCAAGGACCAGCCCAAGAGCCGCUACUUCCUGCGCCAGCCCCGGGUCUAUACGCUGCACCUAGGCCCUGAGCCCGGGAGCCAAACGGGCCCCCCCCAGGACAUGGGCCCCACCACCAGGUCUCUGCCCAUUCCCAUCCCCAGCCACUACUCUCUGAGGGAGUGUUUCCGCAACCCUCAGUUCCGGAUCUUUUCUUACCUGAUGGCUGUUAUCCUCAGUGUCACUCUGUUGCUCAUCUUCUCCAUCUUUUGGACCAAGCAAUUCCUUUGGGGUGUGGGGUGAGCACUGUUUCUGGACAAGGAACCAAGCCUUUAAAAAAAAUUUUUUUUUUUUUUUUAAUUCUUAUUAUUUGAAGUAGGCUCCAUGCCCAGCGUGGAGCCCAACAUGGGACCUGAACUCACAACCCCGUGAUCAAGACCCGAGCAAUCGAGUCACACACUUAACUGACUGAGCCACCCAAGAGCCCUGGAUCUAAGCCUUUCUUGACUGCUGCUGGGGAUGGGGACUACACAGCCUCAUUUGGGGUUGUCUUCCUUUGUAGUAUUGUUCAUUUUUACAGUCUAUCAGUUAGUCCACAUGUUUGCUUCUGCAAACAGAUCCCUACUAUGAUGAGAACCUCUGAAAGCUAAAAGGCUGGGAAAAGAUGUGAAGAGACCUCUAGGUGUGAGCCACGGGGCCAAGAAGGGCAGAGAAGCAGAUCUUUGAUUAUAGGGCUACGGAACAAAUUGUGCCAAAGGGCUGAACCACGGUAUCCAGGAGCCCGACUAGCCCAGAGAGAAAGUUGCGUUUCUCAAUGGAGUUGCUUCGAACUCAGUUCACAUUUGACCUGCUCUUUUUAAUAGGUGUUGCUAAAAUUUUGCGAAGUGAGCUUCAAUUCUGUGAGCAAAUGUGCAUACCUUCUUUGUUUUCUCUUUGGAAGUCUUGCCACCAGUCCCAGGAAAAAAUGGUGUGCAUUCAUGAAUUCAUGCAUUUACUCAUUCUACCACCACUUACUUGGCCCACAUUAUGUCAGAACUAGGGGAAGAGAAGGGUGGGAUUAUCCAUGGGUGACAGAGAGCCUUUACCAGCAAGGAGGGCUGCUUCUUGUACAAGACAACCGCUUGUCAGUAUGUGGUUUAUGGAGUGUUGAGAAUAUAAAAGUUUAAAGGUGAAAAGAAACCAGGGUCAGUCAAUCAAAAGAAAUCUGAGAUUUGGAGAAAAGGUGUAGGUAGGUGCAGAGGCCUCAAGUAAGCCUGGAUGUUGGGUAGAGUCAACUCCCCUCCUCCAGGCAAUGGAAUUCUGUCUGACCUUGAGAGAUAAAGCAGAAGCCCUGGACAGAGGAAAAGCCUUAGCUUCCAUCCCAGGCCAUGCAGACAGGGGAUCCUGGUCUUCAUUUUACAAGACAGAAUCUUAGAACCAAGGCAAACUAGAUGCUUCAGCUGUUUGGCUACAAGUUGCUACCUCUGCACUGUCUAAAACCCCUUCUGCUUCCCCAGUUUUAAUACUGCCCUGUGGCCCACGGUGGUUAAAACACCAUCAGAAUGAUGAAAGGAUCUUGAUUUGUGGAAUAAACUU